GUGGUUGCAAAGAUGCUCUAACAGGAAGUGGGUUUUGAGGCGCUGCACAGCUUCCUGCCCCCCAGAGCUGAGUGGGGCGAGGAGGGCGAGUGCCCGGCUAGGCCACGAGACACAGCUUCUUGCUAGGGUCCUGGCAGCUUCCUCUUCCACAGCCACUUCCGUGUGGCCGGGGCCCCAGAGGCAGGAGCUGCUGCCUGUUGCCCAGGCCACCCUCCACCCCCAGUUUGGAGCCCGGCCCCCCUGGGGCUGGGCCAAGCCCGGCUGCUGGCUGGGAUCCCAUGGGGGACUGGUAGGGAAAAGGUCUUGGGGGACAGAAGUGGCCGGGCCAGGGCCCCGGGGCUCUGGCCAUGAAGUCUCGGCAGAAGGGAAAGAAGAAGGGCAGCUCGAAGGAGCGGGUGUUUGGGUGUGACCUGCACGAGCACCUGCAGCACUCAGGCCAAGAGGUGCCCCAGGUGCUGAAGAGCUGUGCCGAGUUUGUUGAGGAGUAUGGCGUGGUGGACGGGAUCUACCGCCUCUCAGGGGUCUCCUCCAACAUCCAGAAGCUCCGGCAGGAGUUUGAGGCAGAGCGGAAGCCAGACCUGCGGCGGGAUGUCUACCUCCAGGACAUCCACUGUGUCUCCUCCCUGUGCAAGGCCUACUUCAGGGAGCUGCCAGAUCCCCUGCUCACUUACCGGCUCUAUGACAAGUUUGCUGAGGCCGUAGCAGUGCAGCUGGAGCCUGAACGCUUGGUCAAGAUCCUAGAGGUGCUUCGAGAACUUCCCCUCCCAAACUACAGGACGCUGGAGUUCCUUAUGCGGCAUCUGGUGCACAUGGCCUCGUUCAGUGCCCAGACCAACAUGCAUGCCCGCAACCUGGCCAUCGUGUGGGCCCCCAACCUGCUGAGGUCUAAAGACAUAGAGGCCUCAGGCUUCAACGGGACAGCGGCCUUCAUGGAGGUGCGUGUGCAGUCCAUCGUCGUGGAGUUCAUCCUUACGCAUGUGGACCAGCUCUUUGGGGGUGCUUCCCUCUCUGGUGGUGAGGUGGAGAGUGGAUGGCGAUCACUUCCAGGGAUCCGGGUGUCAGGCAGCCCUGAGGACCUGAUGCCUAGGUCCCUGCCUUACCACCUGCCUAGCAUCCUGCAGGCUGGCGAUGGACCCCCACAGAUCCGGCCCUACCACACUAUCAUUGAGAUUGCAGAGCACAAGAGGAAAGGGUCUUUGAAGGUCAGGAAGUGGAGGUCUAUCUUCAAUCUAGGUCGCUCUGGCCACGAGACGAAGCGUAAACUUCCACGGGGGGCUGAGGACAGGGAGGACAAGUCCAAUAAGGGGACGCUGCGGCCAGCCAAGAGCAUGGACUCACUGAGUGCUGUGGCGGGUGCCAGUGAUGAGCCAGAGGGGCUGGUGGGGCCCAGCAGUCCUCGGCCAGGCCCACUGCUGCCUGAGAGCUUGGAGAACGAGUCUAUGGAAGCAGCAGAGGGUGAACAGGAGCCUGAGACAGAAGCACUGGGUGGCACAAACUCUGAACCUGGCACACCACAAACUGUGCGGUCUGCCAUGCGGGCGGGAGGCAGCAGCCGGGCAGAGCGCUGUGCUGGUGUCCACAUCUCAGACCCCUACAAUGUCAACCUCCCACUACACAUCACCUCAAUCCUCAGCAUGCCUCCGAACAUCAUCUCCAAUGUCUCCUUGGCCAGACUCACUCGGGGCCUGGAGUGUCCUGCUCUACAGCACCGGCCAAGCCCUGCCUCUGGCCCUGGCCCUGGCCCCGGCCUGGGUCCUGGUCCCCCAGAUGAGAAGUCGGAGGCAAGUCCAGCCCCAGGUCCCCUGGCAGACUCUGGCCCAGCGGACAUGGCUCCUGCCUUGGAGGACUCCUUGUCCCAGGAGGUGCAGGAUUCCUUCUCCUUCCUAGAGGACUCAAGCAGCUCAGAGCCUGAGUGGGUAGGGGCGGAGGAUGGGGAGGUGGCCAAGGCAGAAGCGGCAGGAGCAGCCUUCUCCCCUGGGGAGGACGACCCUGGGAUGGGCUACCUGGAGGAGCUCCUGGGAGUUGGGCCCCAGGUGGAGGAGUUCUCUGUGGAGCCGCCCCUGGAUGACCUGUCCCUGGAUGAUGCACAAUUUGUCCUGGCUCCCACCUGCUGUUCCCAGGGCUCUGCUGGCCCCGAGCCUGAAGUAGAGGAGGAGAAUGGGGAGGAAGUCUUUCUGAGUGCCUAUGAUGACCUAAGUCCCCUUCUGGGUCCUAAACCCCCAACCUGGGAGGAUGCAGGGAGUUUCGAGGAAGAGGCAGCAGGGUGUGGAAGGCAGACUCCAGGGCAGUCUGAGAAAGAGCAGGCAUUCUGGGAAGUUGGGAAGGACAAGGAGGCUGAGCCUGGAAGCAGGCUGGACAUUAGGGAAGAGGCUGAGGGGAGUCCAGAGACGAAGGCGGAAGCUGGAAAGGCCGGUGCGGACAGAGAGGAGGCUGGGCAAAGCCAAGAGACAGUGGUCAGUUUGAGCGAAGGGAGUGGGGAAGAAACAGAGGCCGAGGGACAGACGCCCAAAGGUCAGAAAGAGGCUGACGGUAUGGAGGAAGCUAAGGGUGUGGACGAACCAGGAGGGAAGCAGGAUAAAGCUGAGGAGAAAGAAAAAGACACUGAGAGAGAAGAGGUUGAGUGGGGAGAGGAGGCCCAGGCAGAAGCUGGAAGGGACCUGGAACAUCAAGCUGCCGAGGAAAACUGGGACACUGUACACAAACAAGAGGCCGAGGAAGUCAGGGAGGAUGAGAUCAAGGGACAGAGGGGCGAUGGAGACCAUGAGGCAAGAGAAGGCCAAGGAGACGGUGAAGACAGCAGAGACCCAGAAGCAGCAGCCGAAGGAGGAGCAGGGGAGGUCAGCAAGGAACGGGAGAGUGGGGAUGGAGAGGCUGAGGGUGACCAGAGGGCUGGAGAUGACCAUUUAGUAGAGGGUGCCCUCUCUGAAAGUCCAGGUGUAGAGUCACUGGGGGUUGUCUGUGCCAAAGAGGGCAAUGUCCAGUCUUCUGAGAUGGAACAGGUGGCCCCACAGCCACCCCGGCCAGAGGACAUGGAGCCUGAGGGACAGUUCGGCCCAGAGGGCUGUAGUCUGUGCCCCUGUUCUCUUGGCUUGGCAGGUGGUGUGGGCAUGCGCCUGGCUUCUACCCUGGUUCAGGUCCAACAAGUCCGCUCUGUGCCUGUGGUGCCCCCCAAACCACAGUUUGCCAAGAUGCCCGGUGCAAUGUGUAGCAAGAUCCACGUGGCACCUGCAAACCCAAGUCCGAGGCCUGGUCGACUUGAUGGGACUCCUGGGGAAAGGGCUUGGGGGUCCCGAGCUUCUCGGUCCUCUUGGAGGAAUGGAGGCAGUCUUUCCUUUGAUGCUGCUGUGGCCCUAGCCCGAGACCGCCAGAGGACUGAGGCUCAGGGAGUUCGGCGGACCCAGACCUGUAUUGAGGGUGGUGACUACAGCUUGAUUCCCAGAGCAUCCCCCUGUAGCAUGACCCCUGCCCAUUCUCCUCGGCCCCUUAGCUGCCUGGAGCUCCUAUCUGAAGGCACAGAAGGGCCUGGAUCCCGGAGUCGUCUUAGUUUGCCCCCCAGAGAACCCCAGCCCCCUGAUACCCUGUUGUCCCCCCAGCGCCGAUCUUAUGCAUUUGAAACACAGGCUAACCCUGGGAAGGGUGAGGGACUGUGAUUAGGGCCAAGAGCUCGGGCCAAAGGAAACCAGUAGGUUGUCUUGAAUCUCUGGGGUCUCGACCAUCUGCCUCUUCUGCAGCCUGAGCAGCUGCAGUGCCCAGCUCUACAGGUUUUGGCCCUCCAGCUUCUCUUUCUGACUUUGGGAGACACAGCCUUGGUUGGUUUACCUGAGCUUGUCUCAGACACAAAGCACUUAUUUCUUAGAAGAUUCCUAAGAAAUUUAACAAGAUCCUGUUCCUGGGAGUGGAGUCAUUGGCCAAAGAGCACAUAGAGUAGGUAGAAAACUCAGUUUCUCAGAGUGAACACUGGAAAGAAAAUGUCAACCAAGUUCCUGCCCUCCUCUGAGGCUGUGAAUUUCUCCUGAAAGCCUAGAAAUAGGACAGGGACAGGUCAGAGCUUUCCAUACACAAACACUUCACGGUUGCCCAUCCCUGUUCUGUUCUUGGACCUCUGGAUACCUCCCAACCCUGAAGUCCAGAUGAGAAGAAACACGUCCAGGAAGUUCUUUGAAGCCCUCACCAUUUGUUGGAGGAACUGGACUCCUCUUUGGUUCCCCCACCCUCUGCCUCUAGUCAACAUAUGGAAGACAGGUUCUGUACAGAGCUCUCUGGUCUUUUUUCCUUUGGGAACAAUUUCCUCCUAUUUCAGGAAAAGGGAAUGGUGUUACUUAGGCCCUGAAAUGGCUUCUCCAGACAGGCUGGGGACACAGGUCCCACUGUAGUCAGGGUCCAUGUAUCAGAAUAAAAGUUGUAUUUUUA